AAGAAAGUCUUUCGGGAGAUAACGAGUAAAUAAGAAAUCAUCGUUAGCAAACCGCUUUUAUAAGAAGAUCACCGAGCAAACAACCUGAUUAUCUGUAAGAUACAAAAAUCAGCUGCUCUCCCAGUAGCCAAAAUCGGCGAAUGAUCCGCGAUGGGCAUCAAUUGGCUUAACAUCCUGAGACGUGGACUCCAUACGAGUUCCGCCCGAUUGCAGGUGAUCCAGGGCGCCACGCCCACCAAGCGGAUAUGCAUUGUGGGCGCCGGGCCCGCCGGCUUCUAUGCCGCCCAGCUGAUCCUCAAGCAGCUGGACAAUUGCGUGGUGGAUGUGGUCGAGAAGCUGCCGGUUCCCUUCGGACUGGUGCGCUUUGGCGUUGCGCCCGAUCAUCCGGAGGUCAAGAACGUAAUCAACACCUUCACCAAGACCGCCGAGCAUCCGCGUCUGCGUUACUUUGGCAACAUAGCGCUGGGCACGGAUGUGAGCCUGCGGGAGCUGAGAGAUCGAUAUCAUGCCGUGCUCCUAACCUACGGAGCGGACCAGGAUCGAGAGCUGGAGCUGGAGAACGAGCAGCAGGGUAAUGUGAUAUCAGCCCGGAAAUUUGUGGCCUGGUAUAAUGGAUUGCCGGGUGCGGAAAACUUAUCUCCCGACCUCACUGGUCGCGAUGUCACGAUUGUGGGUCAGGGCAACGUGGCUGUGGAUGUGGCUAGGAUACUUCUUAGCCCAUUGGAUGCUCUAAAGAGUACGGACACAACUGAGUACGCCUUGGAUGCACUUUCUCGCAGCCAAGUGGAACGAGUCCACCUAGUUGGCAGACGUGGUCCCCUGCAGGCCGCCUUUACCAUCAAGGAGUUGCGUGAGAUGCUUAAGCUUCCCAAUGUAGACACCCGAUGGCGUUCUGAGGAUUUCUCGGGCAUUGACCUACAGCUGGAUAAACUUCAGCGACCUCGCAAGAGACUCACCGAACUGAUGCUUAAGAGUUUAAAGGAGCAGGGCAGAAUCUCCGGCUCUAAACAGUUCCUGCCCAUCUUUCUGCGCGCUCCGAAGGCGAUAUCGCCAGGGGAAAUGGAGUUUUCCGUAACGGAACUGCAACAGGAAGCAGCAGUGCCCACCACUUCCACAGAGCGUCUUCCCUCGCACUUAAUCCUGCGCAGCAUUGGCUACAAAUCGAGUUGCGUGGAUACGGGCAUCAAUUUUGACAACCGACGCGGCCGAGUUCACAACAUUGAUGGUCGGAUUCUCAAGGAUGAUGCUUCGGGAAAGGUUGACCCUGGACUUUAUGUAGCUGGCUGGCUAGGAACUGGACCUACUGGCGUUAUUGUAACCACCAUGAACGGCGCCUUUGCAGUGGCCAAAACCAUCUGCGAUGACAUAAACGCGAAUGCUCUGGACACCAGUUCUGCCAAACCAGGAUACGAUGCGGAUGGCAAACGAGUGGUUACUUGGGAUGGCUGGAAUCGAAUCAAUGAUUUUGAGAGCGCGGCUGGAAAAGCCAAGGGAAAACCGCGCGAGAAGAUUGUUAGCAUCGAGGAAAUGUUACGGGUGGCUGGAGUCUGAUGCCAGGAUUCCAUAGGUUGCUGUUGACAAUAGUUUCCUUAUAGAACACAUCUAGCUUUCUUUAUUUAUCUGUCGUUUGAGGCCUUUGUUAUUCAUUGUAAAUAUAAAGUCAUUUAUAAAACAA